GUAAGUCGUAAUUGUUAGUUUUGUUGUAGCCAGAGGGGAAUAAGAGAAGAAAAAGGCGAAGUAGACCAGCUGGUCCUAUGCUGGGGGACUCUACUAGUGUGUUAGGGAGCUCCACCAGCCGCGAUGCUGCGGCCGUGGCUGUGGCAGCUCCUGAAGGCGGUGGCGGCGAUGGCUCGAAUAAUAAUUCAGGUGAAGAAACGUUCAGAGGUGGUCAUGAGGAACUUUCAGGAGGUGGUGAGAGGAGCUUCGGUGGCAACCGGUGGCCGCGCCAAGAGACUUUAGCUCUCUUGCAAAUACGGUCCGACAUGGACGUCGCCUUUCGUGAUGCAAGUGUUAAAGGUCCUUUAUGGGAAGAGGUUUCCAGGAAGCUUGCAGCGCUUGGCUAUCAUCGAAGCGCCAAGAAAUGCAAGGAGAAGUUUGAGAAUGUCUACAAGUACCACAGGAGAACCAAAGAAGGCCGCACCGGCAAGUCUGAAGGCAAGACUUAUCGGUUUUUCGACCAGUUAAACGCCUUCGAAAAUCAACCUCCGACCCCUGGCAGUACUAGUACUACUCAUCAUCAUCAACGGAAGCCUCAUCAGCCUAUGGCGGCGGCCGCGGCAACAGUGACAACAACGGCAAUGGCUAACCCUCCAACAAUUUUUCAUCCUAAUAGUAGUACUACUACAACUAGUACUACUGUUCCAUCGUCAGCUACACCGCACCCUACAAUUACUACUGUGUCCUCUCAAGGCAUUGCAACACCAACACUUAAUAACCUCACACUCCCCAGUUCAUUCCCGCAGACAAACCCUAUAGUUCUUCCACCACCGCCACAACCUCGGCCGCAUCAACCAACAACAGCAAACCCUACAACCAAUGCCAACCAACAUCAGCAGCAGCAGCACACUGGAUUCCCAACGUCUUUGUCAGCCAUACCCACCGACAUCAUUUCCAAUUCCACCUCUUCCUCCACCUCUUCCGAUGAGGAGUUGGAAGGGCGGGCCAAGAAGAAGAGAAAAUGGAAGGAGUUCUUCGUAAGACUUAUGAAGGAUGUGAUCCAGAAGCAAGAGGACCUCCAGAAGAGAUUCUUGGAGACAAUCGAGAAACGCGAACAAGAAAGAAUGGUAAGGGAAGAAGCUUGGAGAAUGCAAGAGAUGACAAGAAUCAAUAGAGAGCGCGAGAUUCUAGCCCAAGAAAGAUCAAUCACCGCAGCCAAAGAUGCCGCGCUCAUGUCAUUCUUGCAAAGGGUAUCUGAGCAGCAGCAAAAUCAAAACCAACACCAAAGCAUGCCGAACCAAUCACAGCUGCUGCGGUUACAACCAGCGCCACUGCCUCCUCCGCCGCGGAAGCCUGCACCACCACCACCACAAGCACAACCACAACAGACCGCGAUGAACAUUGACAUUGUUCCAAAAUCAAACAACAACGGGGAGAACGAUAAUUUGAUGAUGCCGCCAAGCUCAUCAAGAUGGCCGAAAGUGGAGGUACAAGCGUUGAUCAAGCUGAGAACCAGCCUUGAUUCUAAGUACCAAGAGAAUGGACCGAAAGGGCCACUCUGGGAGGAAAUCUCAGGAGCAAUGAGGAAGCUCGGAUACAACCGGAACGCAAAAAGGUGCAAGGAGAAGUGGGAGAACAUUAACAAGUACUUCAAGAAAGUGAAGGAAAGCAACAAGAAAAGGCCCGAGGAUUCGAAGACAUGUCCCUACUUUAACCUGCUGGAUAGUUUGUAUAGAGAGAGGAACAAGUUUGAUCAGAACAAUGUCAAUAGUACUAGUACUAAUAAUUCUUCGAGCCAAUUCAAGCCCGAGAACUCGGUGCCUUUGAUGGUGAGGCCGGAACAGCAAUGGCCACCUCAGCCGCCGUCACCGCAGCAGCAAGACCAUCAGGGACUAAUGAUGGGUAUUGACCAUCAUCAGAACCAAGGGGACUUUCAUCAUGAUCAGCAAGAUAAGGAGAACAAUAUCGGUGAUGACGAUGACGAGGAGGAGGAUGGAGAGGAGGAGGAGGAUUAUGAUGAAGGUGAUGGGAAUUACGAGAUAGUGGCAAACAAACCAGCUCCAGUGGGUGCAGCAACAGCUGAGUGAGUGAGCCACAACUUGAGAAAAAGGCCAAUAGAACAUGGAUUCAAAGAAAGUAGGUCAGAUUUUGCAGGGCCUUCGGACGGGUAAGUGGGUCAAAUACAAUGUGGCGGGUCCUGAAUUUUGUGUUAGGAGAAGAGUAACAUGCAAAGCAAAAAUAUACACAAAUUGGGAAGAAAUUUAAAAAAGAAAGGCAAAUGGUGAAGGUGAGUGUUGAGAGUUGAGAGGAGGGGUAUAGUCAGUCAUCAAGUUAUAAAAUGUUUAUUUAUAAUUUAUUUAUUUUUUCUCUUUAAAUAAAUAAGGUCAUGAGAAAGGAAGACAGAAAGAGGGAUCAUCAACUUCGAGUUCCAAAAAAUAAAUAAUAGACAGUUUUCAACUAGUGUUGUAUAUGUUUUUUUUUUUUUUUUUUUUUGUUAUUGGGAUUGAUGGUGUAAAUGUGAGAAUAGUUAUAAAUUAGUAUCUUUAUGGAUGCA